CUUUUGCCUCUAGUAAAAUGGCCGCGGCUGAACCCAGCGUUUGUUUCCAAGAGGAAAGAGAAAAAAAACUCCAACAUAAACUUCCGGUGUUCAAUCGACUCCAUUCUCUGCAUGGCUGCCUACUAUGAGAAGAAGGCACUUCUCCAUGAAAAACAAAGGACUGGAAACCAGUUCAGGUCUCAUAGCAGAAAGUGACACCAAAGAUUUUUCCUAGCUGGGAACAUGGUGGAAAAGAAAGGCUCAGCGCGCUCCCAGGACCCCAGCCAAAGGCGCAUCUUGGACCGGGCCACUCGCCAACGCCGCCUCAAUCGCCAAUUGGAAGCAUUAGAGAAUGACAACUUCCAAGAUGACCCUCACGCUAAUAUGCCCCAACUGGUGAAGCGCCUGCCUCAGUUUGACGAUGAUGCUGAGACAGGUGAGGAGUUUUUAAUUUUUGGCCAGGGAGCAUCUGUAUUCUGGUUAGGAGAUUUUCUGGUUAGGAGACUGGUCAAAAAUAAAUAUUCUUGGUGUCUUGGUUUUUAGCCCUGUUCCUGGGUU